AUGGAUAAGGAGGCACAAAAAGAUGAUUAUAUGUCCAGAGAGACAGGUGCAUCAACAGAGACAGAUCUCCAGGAUUAUCUGACGAGGAUUUCUUCACUUCUUAAACAGAGAAACUUUCAUGAAGCUUUAGAUAUAUGUGACACUGCCCUUAGAGAAUAUAAAAAUGAAGAAAAAUUACAAGAAAAGAAAAUCAAAAUUCUGUGCCACCAAGGAAGAUUUGAAGAAGCUUACAAUAUUGCUAAGAAGUGGUCAGUAAGAGAUCCAAAGAACUUAACAGCACAAAAGGAACUGAAGAGACUAAAAAUUGUAAUACAUGCUUUAAAUGAUCAGGAUGAGGAGAGUGAAGAGGAGGAGUCAGGUUCCCAGAUAAAAGAAGACAAUGAAACACAGGAGGAAAAAGAUGAUGACAGCAAGAGGUCAUCACCUGAGGGCAUGGAAACUAAGAACAGUCAUAACUCUCUCAAACAGUCCAUGCCAAAUACCCAUUCUGCCAUCACCUCACAAACAUUCAACCCACAAACAGUGGAAUCAGAUAACAGGAAAUAUGUCUGCACCUUCUGUGACAUUCGUUUCGACCAACAAGAAGAACUUGACACACACUGUAAAAGUGACUUGCAUCGAAAAAAGAUCACUGCUGACGACGACCAAAACUGGAAGUACAGGGAGCCACCUCGUGGCCUUUCAGCUGAAGAAUAUUCCUUGUGUAAAAGUACUGAAGAGAUUGGAAAGUGCUCCUUUGGUGACAAAUGUACUGAAGCUCACUCUAAAGAAGAACUUGGCGAAUGGAAGAAGCGUUUUAAAUUUCGAAAACAGCUUAUCAAAGCGGCACACGAUAAACAACUGCAUGGGAAUACCUAUGCUGAACAGCUAAUGGAGAAACUUGUAACUUCAGAAAACCCUAAAUCCCUUAUGGUCUCAAGUGUGGAUUACUCUAAAGUACAUGUGAACUCUGACCUCAAAGUUAAUAUGACCUCAAAGAAAUGUACAAGUGCCUGGACUUUCACCAUAACAAGCAAGAGAAGUCUUCACAUAGUGGCUUUACUAGAUGAUACAUACCGCACAUAUUUUCACAUUGCAAGUAUCUCUGUGGGGCCAAAGAAAACUCAGAAGUACCAGAACCUGGAAACACACUGCCAAGAGUGGGAGAAUCCCGAGUAUCCUAAUAUUUCACUGGGGGAAUAUGUGUACAGAAUCAAGGUGGUCUUUAAGACGGAUAUUUACGGGACCUUUCGACAGACACUAGUCAUGGAUUUUGGGACUGAUCCUGUCCUCAGUCGAGAGCUCCAAGUGGAAUCUGCUCCUAUCACUGACACAGAGAAGGUGUUCAAUGACUUUCUUCAAGGCGAUCAGGGCCGAUGGAAGAAAAACAAUGUUCGCCUGCUACCGUUUGAACCAAAACCUAUACCUAAUACAGCCAUAGAGGACAAGCUCCUGAGUAAAUACUCCCUGCCUGAUAUAGAAAAGUUCCACUUUGAAGAUCAUCUUAUGCAUCCACCUAGGAAAGAAACAUAUCGCAUCUGGAUGCAUGAAAUGUUAUAUGUGGAAGAAUGGUCACAACUUGACAGCAUAUCAAGAUACAGUCUGAGCACUUCCCUGCAAUUGGUGAACCGUUUUCUACUGGUACCAGGGAUGAUAUCAGGAGCUAAAUAUGCUCAAGAUGGAGAACUAUUUGCACGUAUGACCAUGGAGGACCGUUUGUCUGAGGAUUAUGCUGGAGGUCGUCUCAUCCUCAACUCCACGCUUGCUUGGCUUAUACCACAGAACCAGAUUAAGAAGGAACCCUCCUCUGAUCUACCGAGGGUUUAUGAAGCAGUUAUUGAGGAUAAAGGUAAAAACUUCAUCUUCCUUCGCCUGUCAAAGGAAUGUGUAGAAGAACUUAAUCUUACAUGUGACCAGGAAUUCCCAGUAGAGAUUCAGUUCCAACUGAAUCGUCUACCAAAGUGCGAGAUGCAUGCUGCCAUUGAUAGACUCCCAACACUUGAUCUUGUAUUCCCACCGCUGAACACGUUUCCCACCACUUCCUGGGUCAAGGGCAGUCCUGAAUUGAGUGAAGUCGUCAGUACAAAGUUGAAUGAGAAACAAAAGGAGGCCAUUUUAAAGAUUACUGCAGAAGGCAAACUGCCCUUGCCUCCUAUCCUUCUAGUUGGGCCGUAUGGAACUGGGAAGACCUACACCUUGGCUCAGGCAGCUAAACAGAUCCUACAGCAGGAUGAUACUCGUAUUCUGAUAUGUACUCACUCCAACAGUGCUGCUGAUCUAUACAUCAAAGAGUUCCUCCAUCCAUUGGUCAAGGAGGGAUACCUUGAGGCACGGCCACUCCGUCUGUACUAUAGACACCGAUGGAUACAAACUGUCCCAGAGGUUGUUAUCCAGUACUGCAUUCGAGCUGCUGCUGGUUCAUCAGGCAUCUUCAGGUGUCCCGUCUUGGAGGAUGUGGAGAAACACAGGAUUGUUAUAACUACACUGGGUACGGCUAGAUACCUGUGUGAUCUCAACUUGGAACCAGGAUUUUUCACCCACAUAUUUCUGGAUGAGGCAGCACAGGCUAUGGAAUGUGAUAGUCUCAUUCCUCUGUCUCUGUGUGGACCAUACACACGUGUCGUACUGGCAGGGGACCACAUGCAGCUGAGCCCUGAGAUAUACUCUGACCUGGGGCGACAACAGGGAUUCCACAAAUCCAUGUUGGAACGUCUACAUGAGUUGUACCCAGAUGAUGUCCACUGUAAAGUUAUGCUGUGUGAAAAUUACAGAUCACACUCUGCAAUCAUUGACUUCACCUCUGACUUGUUUUAUGACAGUCAGCUAACAGCCAGCAGUGAUCAGCCACGUCACCCACUGUACUAUCCUCUCACGUUUUACUCUGCUCGUGGUGAGGAAGUUCAACAUGAAAAUAGUAUUGGCUUUUACAACAUUGCUGAGGUACAUGAAGUGAUAGACCGUGUGGACCAUCUUGUUAGAUACUGGCCAAGCUCUGAGUGGGGCGAGUUAGGGGAAGGAUCAAUAGGAGUCUUAACCCCCUAUACUGACCAGGUGUUCCAUAUACGAUCAGAAUUAAGGAAAAGGAAAAUGUACAAUAUCAAAGUGGAACGUGUAUUCAAUGUACAAGGUAAACAGUUUCGGGUUGUCAUCUUGUCUACGGUACGGACUCGCCAUAGCUGUAGUGCAGACACAAUACAGGAUGAUGUCGUCAAUUAUGGCUUCCUGUCUGAUAUCAAGCUUCUCAACACUGCCAUCACCCGAGCUCAAUCCCUUGUCCUUGUCAUUGGUGAUCCUGUCUCCCUCUGCCUAGUGGGCAAGAGUCGAAAAAUAUGGGAGUACUAUUUAGAAAUUUGUCAAGACAACAACAGUUUAUUUGGUACAACCUGGAUGCAGCUGAAGGCCCAACUUACCUCAGCUGACAUGCGCAAGACAUUCAUUCUUAACCCCCUCGCUCCAGAAUUUGUACCAAAUAGACUAUUUCAUGCCACCACACCAGAUAUUACCCAGCAGGCAGCAUCAGGGUCUCCAGGAAACUACCAUGGCAUCACUCAGCAUCCACAGUAUUACAUGGGCCCAAGGAUGACAUAUCCUCAUCCACAGAUGUUUCCUCAGCCCUAUAUGCCAGUUCCCUAUCCAGGUCUUGUUCCACAUGUUGUAUACAAUAGACAGGGUGUCCCACACAUCGUCGGCUCCCCAGCUCAGGGUAGAAUACCUGCAAGAGGUUAUCACCCACGUCAUCCAUCCCUUCUAGCCAUCCCCAAGGUAAGGCCAGGUGAUAAAGACAAGGUCAAGGUUGACUCAUCCCAACCUGAUGCAAUGCUACCUGGAAAGAAAAUGUCAUCAGUGGCCCCACGUGGACGCCAGAUUAUGUACAUGCCUCCACGUAUGUCAGCAGCCUACCAACAGAUGUAUUACUAUCCACAUCACUUCGGGGGAUACUACUACAUGCAGGAUGACCCCAGAGUUCUAAUGAAUCAGCAGCACCCUCGGGGACCACUGUUACACCAGCUAGGGCCACAACAUCCUAGUCAGUUUUACCCAAUCCUACGUCCACAUUAUGCCGCGGUAGGGCCAGAGGAUGUGGAGGACAAACGAUCACAGACAUCUUCUCCUGCAUCUUCUCAAGGUCGUUCAGGGUCACCAGUUACAUCCCCAGGAUCAUCAGUUGCAAGUCAGCAGAUUCAGCUCCUUCCCAACGUACGUCAUGUGCCAAUUCACCUGUUCCCACGAACAGCAACCUCAGCAAGCAGUUCCCGUUCAAGUACACCACAGCGAACAGAAUCACCACACAUCCCACAAGAUAUUGCUACUGUCAUUGAUCCCCAAGCUUCACAAAAAAUUGAAGCAGGUUACCUGAAAUCCUCAAGUCCUGCAUUGGAGCAUCAGGAGAGAAGAGGAUCAGCAAAUAGCCCUCUUGCAAGGGUCAUUGCAUCAGCACAGAGGCAAGCACCAACAAACACUGACAGUGGACUGGUGCUCUCCACUCCUUAUAGUAGUGGUUUUGGGGAUAUGAUUGUGCCUGGUCAAAAUGGAGACGUGAAUGACAUGGUGAAAAAGGAUAAAGCAAAGCGAACCCCUGUAGGACUUCGUCUAGAGACAGGAUUCAGCCGUCAGUUCAGUGAAGAUUUGGAAACCCCCACGGAAAUCACAGACUUGGUGAAGAUGAUUGACGAGACAAUUGAAGAGGGACAUGAAUCAGCAGAGGAGGAAGAGGAAUGGAACAAACAGAUGUCUGAGAGCAGCAAAUCUUUCCGUUCCCAUGCUUCUUCUCUGACUGCUUCACGUAAACUUCACCUGAAAAUUCCUCAACAGUCCUCAACAGAAACUUCAGAAUCAUCAGGAUCACCCCCAACUAGCCCUCCUGGUUCGGAUCAAAAGCCAACAUAUGCUGGCAUGCUACGUCGUCGACUUCCACCAGCUUCAAAUGACAUUGAUCCCAAUCUUCUGGAACCUCAGACGCCUCACACUCCAGCUGGUUUCAUCUCUCCUGGAACAGACAUCGAUACAGACCCACUGGGUAUUCUAAGGAAUCUGAACAUCAACGCCUCAACUGAGAAACAGAGAACUUACAAAUACUUCUCAUAG